AAAUAAACUUUUUGCAGGACGUCAAUUGUCAUAAAUCAUUGCCUCAGAAAACAUUUUCCAUUGUUUUGUGACGACGUUUUUGCAAAAAAUUACUUGCAUGGACGUGUAGGUGUCGUGCCAUGAAAUGAGAGACAUAACAAUAAAUACGAUAACAAAACGUGAAUAAGAUUGAAAGUUAAUUUUUAAAAGGAAGCUCAAUAUUCGGGCUUUGGGUGCCCUUGUCAAUGCAAUUCACUUUGAAAAGAUGACCAUCUUCAAUCUGUACAUUUUUGACAAGUGCGGUACGCUAAUGCACUACGCCGAAUGGAACCGCACCAAGAAAUCCGGCAUAACCUGCGAGGAGGAAGCCAAGCUGACCUACGGCAUGCUCUUCUCCAUUAAGUCGUUCGUAAGCAAGAUAUCUCCCUACGAUCCGCGCGAGGGUUUCCUCUACUACAAGACAAACCGAUACGCCCUCCACUACCUGGAAACGCCUUCGGGACUGAAAUUCGUGCUUAACACGGACACGACCGCCAUCAACGUUAAAGAGCUUCUACAGCAGCUGUACUCCAAGGUCUGGGUGGAGUACGUAGUUCGGGACCCCCUGUGGACGCCCGGCACUGUGGUUACCUCCGAGCUGUUCCAGAGCAAGCUGGACGAAUUCAUCAAGCAAUCACCCAUAUUUGGCAUUAGAAACAUAUAGAAUUAAGUGACUCAUAAGCCAAAAGAAAAUCCGUACAAAAUUC